UCUUUUUUUCUCUCUCCCCUCUCAGUUUAGUUUACAGUAACGCAGUUUCAAAAUCAUCUUCUGGACAAUGGACAGUCCAGACUUCAACUUGGUCUUGGACUUGCCUGAUACAACUCGCUGCUCAGUGGCAGCCCUGCUGUGAUCCAAACAUGUCCAAAAGCCUGAAGCAGAAGAAGAAGAAGAACCACUGGACCAACAGGGUCCAUGAGGUCGUGCUUAGCCGGGACGGAGAGGGGCAGCUCGGGUUCAGCGUUAAGGGAGGCGCGGAGAUCGGACAGUUUCCGCUGCUGGACCUUCACGGCUGCCCGCUAGCCCAGGACGAGCUUCUGCUGGAGGUGAACGACACUCCAGUGGCGGGACUGACCGUCCGAGACGUGCUGGCUGUGGUCAGGCACAGUAAAGACCCCGUCCGCCUCAAGUGUGUCCAACAAGGAGGUGUUGUGGAUAAGGAUCUAAGGCGCUACCUCAAUCUUCGCUUUCAGAAAGGAUCUCUGGACCACGAGCUCCAGCAGAUCAUCCGUGACAAUCUGUACCUCCGCACCGUGCCCUGUACGACUAGGCAACCUAAAGAAGGAGAGGUCCCAGGAGUGGACUAUAACUUUGUAUCUGUGGAGCAUUUUAUGGAACUUGAGAGAAGUGGGGCAUUGCUAGAGAGUGGAACUUAUGAAGAUAACUAUUACGGCACACCAAAGCCACCGGCGGAGCCCAACGCUCUGCUGCUGAACUUCCCAGGCUCCGCCCCCGACACAGACGGCAAACGCAGACGCAACAAAUCCGUCAGCAACAUGGAGAAGGCAGGGAUUGACCCUCCGGAGGAGGAAGAAGAGGAGAGGCCUGUCGUCAAUGGCAACGGAAUCACCAUCACACCAGACUCCAGUGAGCAGGAGGAUAAGAGUACAGAUGCUUCGGGCGAUUUGCCCCCCGCAGCUUCAGUCGAGCCUGCCCCAGACGGCCCAAAGGAGGAAAGUGAAGCCCCUAAAACUCCACCAAAAUCCCCCUCUAAAGCGCUGGAGAAUGCACAGGACAAAGCACAGGACGCGGAGUUGGGGCCACUGCCUGAUAACUGGGAGAUGGCCUACACAGAGAAGGGAGAGGUCUACUUUAUAGAUCACAACACUAAGACCACGUCCUGGCUGGACCCUCGAUUAGCCAAGAAAGCGAAGCCUCCAGAGGAGUGUAACGAAGACGAGCUUCCCUAUGGCUGGGAGAAAAUCGAUGACCCUGUUUACGGCAGCUACUAUGUUGAUCACAUAAACAGGCGGACACAGUUUGAAAACCCAGUUCUGGAGGCUAAACGGAGACUACAACAUCACCAGAUGCAAAGCCAAGGCCUGUCCAGUUUGCCCCUGCCCGCUAUAUACAGAGAAAAGCCCUUGUUUACGCGGGAUCCCACCCAGUUGAAGGGGAGUUUUCUGUCCACGGCACUGCAGAAAAGCACUAUGGGAUUCGGCUUCACUAUCAUCGGCGGAGACGAGCCGGAUGAGUUCCUGCAGGUGAAGAGCGUGAUUCCAGACGGACCUGCUGCACAGGAUGGCAAGAUGGCUACAGGUGACGUCAUUGUGUACAUCAAUGACGUGUGUGUGUUGGGUACUACCCAUGCGGAUGUGGUGAAGCUCUUUCAGUCCGUCCCCAUCGGCCAGAGCGUAACGUUGGUGCUUUGCCGCGGCUACCCGCUCCCCUAUGACCCAGAGGAUGCAGCCAGCAGCCUUAUUUCCCCAUUGGGCCUCAUGGAGCGCCCCCUGCUGGUGAAUGGCCGAAGCAGUUAUGACAGUUACAUGGAGUACAUCUCCAGAACGGCCCGUUUUUUGGACCCUCUACAGCCGCCUUUGACCCAACAACAUCCAGGAGAUACGCACUUGGAUGCUGGACCACUUGAGGAUAGUGUUUCCAUGGCGUCGUCGGGGGCGACUGGAGGAGAGCUGAUAACGGUCACAAUGGUGAAAGGAGCAGACGGGUUUGGCUUUACCAUUGCGGACAGUCAGGGAGGUCAGAGGGUGAAGCAGAUCCUGGAGGCGCAGGGCUGCCCAGGGCUGUGUGAAGGUGACCUCAUCGUGGAGGUCAAUCAACAACCUGCGCUCACGCUGUCACACACGCAGGUAGUGGAGCUUCUCAAGGAGUGUCCGGUGGGCGCGGAGGCCAAGCUGUUGGUGCAGAGAGGCGGGGCAGGUCACUUUUCACCUUGGAAGAGCCCUAAGCAGGUUUUGGACCACUGGGACCCCCAGAGCAGUCUUUCUGCUCCUGCCCUCCCCCACAGCGCCCCCUACCUGCACUGGCCCUCAGCUACAGAGCCCCCCCAGGGCUUUGACCUCAGCAAACCUGACCCCUAUGACCUGUACUCCAAGUCCAGGGCUAUGUAUGAGAGUAGGCAGCCAGGCUUGCCUCGGCCCGGUUAUCCAGCUGACCCCUCAGCCGAGUUCCAGGAGGUGGAGGUGAAUCUGCGGAGAGAGAAAUCAGGAUUUGGUUUCCGGAUCCUGGGCGGAGAGGAGGCGGGACAGCCUGUGAGUCCGGAGGCUCAAGAGAAGAUCUUGAUCGGAGCGAUUAUAGAGAACAGUCCAGCAGAUAAAGACGGCCGAUUGCGCCCCGGAGAUGAGCUGCUCUCUGUGGACGGCAUCCCUGUGGCAGGGAAACCCCAUCGUUACGUCAUCGAUCUAAUGCAUGGGGCAGCCCGCAAUGGCCAGGUCAAAAUGACCAUACGGAGGAGAGUGCAGCCUGGAGGUGAGCAGUGUCCUCAGAACGGCCGCAGUCCCGGCUCCAUCUCCACCCAACACAGCUCGCCCAGGAGCGACUUCAAUUCAGGAACGUUCUCCAACAACUCUGCCCCCACCGAGACGGCAGCCAGUCAGAACCUGCAGGCCAGUGAUGUCAUCAUCCAGCGCAAGGAGAGCGAAGGUUUCGGAUUUGUCAUCAUCAGCUCGCUGAACAGGCCGGAAACAGCGGCCAAUGCUGCUGUUCCUCAUAAAAUCGGGCGGAUUAUAGAAGGCAGUCCAGCAGAUCGCUGUGGGAAGCUGAAGGUUGGUGACCGUAUUCUGGCGGUGAAUAAUCAGUCCAUCGUCAGCAUGGCUCAUGCAGACAUCGUUAAACUGAUAAAGGACGCGGGGCUGAGCGUCACACUCCGCAUCAUCACUCAGGAGGAGGCGAACAGUACUCCUUCUGCUGGUAGCUCAGAAAAGCAGAGUCCUCUGGCCCAGGCCAGUCCGGUCACCCAGUCCAGCCAAGCUCCGCCCACCCUGUCCAACAGCGUCCCACCGACUACAACAGCACCUCCACCCAACACAAGCACACAGCUCAGCCCUGCCGCUCAGAGCAGCCCAGCCAAUCACACCAGCCCUGUGACCCAGCAGACCCCGCCCACUCAGCCUCUGGCCGCACCCGUGCAGAUCUACACCCACGAUGGCAGCUACAGGUCGGAGGUGAAAGCUCGGCAGGAUGUGAAGCCAGACAUUAGGCAGCCGCCUUUUACUGAUUACCGCCAGCCCCCAGUGGAUUACCGGCACCCUCCUGUAGCAGACUACAGACAUCCUCCGCUGCUGGAGUACAGACAGCUGCCCACAGACCCCCGCAGCUUCCCCAUACCGGACUACAGACAGCCACAGGAUUUUGAUUUCUUCACAGUGGAGUUGGAGAAAAGUGUUAAGGGCUUUGGUUUCAGUAUCCGAGGAGGGCGGGAGUAUAAGAUGGACCUGUUUGUGCUCCGAUUGGCCGAAGAUGGCCCAGCCAUCCGAAACGGGAGGAUGAGGGUUGGAGAUCAAAUCAUUGAGAUAAAUGGAGAGAGCACGCGGGACAUGACCCACGCUCGGGCCAUCGAGCUCAUCAAAUCUGGCGGCCGCAGAGUUCGCCUGCUGCUGAAGAGAGGCACAGGGCAGGUCCCUGAGUAUGAUAGCUCCGCCCCCUGGGAUGCUAGGCCUACAGCCUCCCCAAGCCUGUCGGAAGUAGUAGCCCCACCCCUGGACAGUUUAAACAAUCAAUCGCCUUCAUCUCACGUGAACUCACCAUUAGAUCCACCUCACGUUUCACCAAUGGAAGCCCCUGAAAGCUGUCUAGAGGGUCUUAGAGGCCAAGGCCCGGAGCCCCACAGUGCCGGGAGGCGGUCAGGACAGGCCGGGGGGCGAAACAGACCCAGAGAGGGGGGCAGUGGCAGGAGCGGUCGCCAUAGCAAUGGAGGCAAGGGACAUCAGGGGCAUCAGCAACAGCACUUGGAUGAAAUUACAGGGGCGUCUCGGGAUGCCAAACCAGCCAAAAGCAGCCGGGCGCGAUCCAAGGAGCGGUCCAGUAGCAGCCAGUCAAGAAAACGGGAUGUGCCUAAGUCCCCUAAACCUUUGAGAAUGGAUACUGGCAUUAACGGAGGCAACAGCAGCAGCCGGGAUGGCAAAGCGCAGCUAAAAGAGCCAGAAAAGGUUGCAGGAGAGACCCAGCCCAGCCGUAUCUCCAAGACGACCAACACCACCACCAGCAACAGCAGCAGCAGCAGUUUGGCAGGCAGAAAAGCUACAGUGUCCCCCGGACCCUGGAAAAUUCCUGGCUCUGACAAACUCCCAAGCAGCCUGCGUUCGGCCACCUCUACCAUUAGCAGAUAACAGCCCUCUGUUUAGGGCCUGGGCGAUGAAUCGAUAUCGAUAAUUAUCAAAAUCAACAUAAGCUUAGGGAUGCUUUGAUUUGAUUUGAAGAAAGAAGCAGGAAACUCGCUAUUACACAUCUUAGAGCAACUUUGUAGUGCAUAGUUAACACUGGAAACUACUUAUUUCUCGUAAUCACUCUAAAAAAUUAGUCCAAAGUAUAACACUGUGCUUAUACUAAAAACAGAGCUAUUUUACCAUAUUAUUUUAGCAUUUUAAAGUAAUUGGCAGCCUAACACAUCUUGCUUAAAUUCACUUGGCUUUACUAACUUCCAUAUAAUCGCAAUGUGCAGCUGUGUUGUCUAAGAAAAUACAGUUAGUCAAUAUUAAAGGGGCAUUCUGGCCUAAAACUAGCAUGUAAUCAGCAUCAUCUGUUUGAGAGAAUUUCUGACUUUAUAUCCUUUUUGUGUUUUCAUCCAUUAGUUUUAUCUCACAACAAUACCCAGCAUGCAUGCCGGCCUAA